CUCUCUCUGGAAAGAGCUUCUCUUUCUAAAUAUGGCACACAGACUCUUCUUGACAGAGACAGAAAUAGAAUAAUAUUGGAAUUCUAUACAAAGUGGCAGUUUUGAGUUUUCAACCGGAGGUUUAACCUCAUCUUAUCUCUGAAUACAGAUUAUGCACUAGGGCAUGAAAGUCUUCAGGGGACUUGACUUUGAGUCGUCCAUCCCAGCUCCACCAUUGCUUCUCGGAGAGCUGAAAGAUGGACAGGGCAAGACUGGAUUUAAGGUUCCAUCACUCAGGAUCAAUACAAUCUGAGGAAUCUGCUCUGGAUUUGGAAAGAAAUUGCUGCAAUCAUCCUAACCUCCCUUCAUCAAGUCCUUCAUCUCUUCAACCCUUUGCAUCAGGUGGUCAGCUUUCAGAGAGUAAUGCUCCCUUCUUCUCAUGGCCAACCUCAAGUCGAUUAAUUGAUGCAGCAGAAGUUAGGGCCGACUAUUUUGGUAACCUACAAAAAAAUGUUUUGCCGGAAACUUUGGGGAGGCCAUCAGGGCAGCAAGCUACUACCUUGCUUGAGUUGAUGACCAUUAGGGCAUUUCACAGCAAAAUAUUGCGUCGAUUCAGUCUUGGUACGGCAAUUGGGUUCAGAAUUCGGCAAGGUGUUUUGACAGAUAUACCAGCUAUUCUUGUCUUUGUUGCCAGGAAAGUUCACAGGCAAUGGCUAAGCCGUUUCCAAUGUUUGCCAUCUGCCCUUGAGGGACCAGGAGGUGUUUGGUGUGAUGUAGAUGUUGUGGAAUUCUCAUAUUAUGGCGCACCUGCACCAACUCCUAAGGAACAAUUAUAUACUGAGCUUGUAGAUGGUUUGAGGGGAAGUGAUCAAUCCAUUGGUUCAGGUUCACAGGUUGCUAGCCAAGAGACAUAUGGAACACUUGGUGCUAUUGUGAAAAGCCGAACAGGUAAUCGGCAAGUCGGUUUCCUCACAAAUCGCCAUGUUGCAGUUGAUUUGGAUUACCCAAAUCAGAAGAUGUUUCAUCCUUUACCACCCAGCCUAGGCCCUGGAGUAUACCUGGGUGCCGUGGAGAGGGCAACAUCAUUUAUUACAGAUGACUUUUGGUAUGGCAUCUUUGCUGGCACAAACCCAGAAACAUUUGUUCGAGCAGAUGGUGCCUUCAUUCCUUUUGCUGAAGAUUUUGAUAUGAGCAAUGUAACUACUUGUGUAAAAGGUGUGGGUCAGAUAGGUGAUGUUCAUAACAUAGACUUGCAAUCUCCAAUUAGCAGUCUCAUUGGAAGGCAAGUAGUUAAAGUAGGGAGAAGCUCUGGCUUGACUACUGGGACCAUAAUGGCUUACGCUCUGGAGUACAAUGAUGAGAAAGGGAUUUGUUUUUUCACUGAUUUUCUCGUUGUUGGCGAGAACCAGCAGACAUUUGACCUUGAAGGCGAUAGUGGAAGCCUUAUUUUAUUAACGGGUCAGGAUGGGAGUGCACCACAGCCUGUUGGGAUCAUUUGGGGUGGAACAGCUAAUAGAGGUCGAUUGAAACUGAAAGUUGGCCAACCCCCUGAAAAUUGGACAAGUGGAGUUGAUCUUGGGCGCCUUCUUGAUCUCCUUGAGCUUGAUCUCAUUACAACCAAUGAUGGGCUUCAAGGUUUGUGCUUCUGAGUUAAAAAAGAUUAAUUUUAUUUGGGUUUAUAGUCUCUCUGGUUGCUAAUAUAUCAUUGUGAUUCUUUUGAAUAAUUAUCGAGUGAGAUGACUUCAUGAAUCAAACUGCAAUAUUGAACUAAAAGUGUCAGGCAUUAAAAGAAGAAAUAGUUUGCAGGGUUUUAUAGGUAAUAAAAAAAUAGAUGGAUGACAGCAAUCGGUAAAAGGUCAAAGAGAUAUAUUCACCUAGAUGUUAAAUAUCUCAUCCUUUUAGGCAGAAAUCUUUUUGUGCAGAUAUAUUCAAAAAAUGUAGAAAGAGAAAUGGUCAAAGAGAUGCUUUGUUUAUCUUUAUAAUUAAUAUUACUUCAUAUG